CACUUUCCCGCUUCUCUUGUUGCCUAGGAUACAGAGAGUAGACGCAGUGGGAAUCGUAAACAAACAAUCUUUUUGGAAAUAUGUACGCCCUUUAUGAAUUUAGUAACCUUACAGUUGAAGUUGGCCGGUUGAACCUUAUUGAGGGUGAUUAUGAACCAGAUGUGGACAAAGAAUAUGUGGUAUGGUGGUCUAAAAAUGGAAAAACGACUGCUUGGACUGCCAAGAUAUUGGCAACUGAUGAAGACAAAGGUGCACUCAUUCGAAUGAGGAACCGGCUGGUGGAAGGCAUGGAUGGAGAAGAACAGGAAAAGCACAUGGGAAAGGGCAAGAGGGUAAAAAAGAAGAAGCCAUUUCUUGAGGAUGACAUGGAACAGUCAGAGGAGAGGCCAAGCAAAAAGAAUAAGCCGGCGAUGUCCUCCUCUUCCUCUGAGAUUAUAAAAAAAUACAAGGACCUUCAGAAGGCAAGAGACCAAAUGGCCAAAAACAGCAUCAAUGAAGAGGGUGACGUGAGGACAUUAGAGCAAAGGGUUGCUAAACUUGAGAGGGAAAAUUCUUCCCUGAGGAAUGCUUUGAGCAUCAUUGAAGGUCUUCCUAAGAUGAUUUCAUCAAUGCAGCAGCUUAUCUCAGCUCAGCCAAACAAGCAAUCUUUCCCAAGGACCAUGAAAGACAACAAUGAUGUGGCAGAAGCACCAUGUAUGCCGCACACCUCAACUGCUGGACCCAGUUUGCAGUCUUCCAGAUCACAGCUGCCUGUGGAUGUGUGUUCUUCUGUGGCUGUCUGUCUGGAUAUUCCACAGGGAAUCAAGGACCGCUGCAACAAGGUCUCAGCAGCUAAAUAUACCAAUGAUUUAAUGCAUGGUCUGUACACCACCGAAUUCAUGGCAUCUCACAGUGUGACUGGGCUUGGAUCAUCAAGUAAGGGGGAGACACGACCAUCACUCCCUCAUGAAGAUGUCAAGAAGAUUAUUUAUGAAGUUAAAUCUGUCUUCCCUGAAAAGAACGAUGCUGAAAUAAAGGGAUUCAUCCGCCAGAAGCUAUCGAAUGCGGCUAAGAUUGUGAAAAGAAAAUCCUAAAUCUAUGGGGGGGAAAAAAUAAAAAAUAAAAUGUG